GUUUCUUCGUUGCCAGCAGCUACAGGACCUCUAAAACCCUAUCCUAAAAAAGCACUGGAGAUCCCUGUCCUAGAGAGGAAAAACUGGUUGAUCUAUCUGCUGUACGUUCGCAGAGACUACGACGAGUGCAAGGCUGUCAUCAAAGAGCAGCUCCAGGAGUCUCACGGGCUGUGUGAAUACGCAGUUUACGUUCAAGCUUUGAUAUUUCGCUUGGAGGGGAAGAUUCAAGAAUCUCUUGAACUUUUCCAGACGUGUUCCAUUCUGAACCCUCGGAGCGCCGACAACCUCAAGCAGGUGGCACGGUCCCUGUUUCUUCUGGGGAAGCACAAAGCAGCCAUCGAAGUGUACAACGAAGCAGCUAAACUCAACGAAAAGGACUGGGAGAUCAGCCACAACCUGGGCGUUUGCUACAUGUACCUGAAACACUUCAACAAGGCACGAGACCAGCUAAACAAUGCCCUGGAGCUCAACAAACAUGAUCUGACUUACAUGAUGCUGGGAAAAAUCCACCUGAUGGAGGGGGAGACAGAUAAAGCCAUUGAAGUCUAUAAGAAAGCUGUAGAGUUUUCUCCAGAGAACACAGACCUCCUCACGACACUGGGGUUACUUUAUUUGCAGCUUGGGGAUUACCAGAAGGCUUUUGAACACCUCGGGAACGCGCUUACUUACGACCCAGGCAACUACAAGGCCACCUUGGCAGCUGGCAGCAUGAUGCAGGCCCAUGGGGAUUUUGAUGUUGCCCUCUCCAAAUACAGGGUGGUUGCCAGCUCCGUGCCCGAGAGCCCCCCACUGUGGAAUAACAUUGGGAUGUGCUUCUUUGGGAAAAAGAAAUACGUGGCAGCUGUCAGCUGCCUGAAGCGGGCAAACUACUUGGCUCCCUUUGACUGGAAGAUUUUGUACAAUUUGGGGUUAGUCCACCUGACGAUGCAGCAGUAUGCGUCUGCCUUCCACUUCCUCAGUGCUGCCAUCAACUUCCAGCCCAAGAUGGGAGAGCUGUACAUGCUCCUUGCAGUUGCUCUGACGAACCUGGAAGACAUCGAGAAUGCCAAACGUUCCUAUGAGCAGGCUGUGGCACUGGACAAGUGCAACCCCCUCGUCAACCUGAACUACGCUGUCCUGCUGUACAACCAGGGUGACAAGAAGGGGGCCCUCUGCCAGUACCAGGAGAUGGAGAGGAAGGUCACUGCGGUGAAGGAGAGCAGCACUCCUGACUUUGACCCUGAGAUGGUGGAGGUCGCCCAGAAGAUGGGAGUUGCCCUGCAGGCUGGGGAGAGCCUGGUCUGGACUAAGCCUUCUAAAGAGCCCAAAUCCAAGCAGAGAGCUGUGGCGUCAGGGAAAUCCUCCAGCACUCAACAGCCUUUGGGCUCUAACCAGGCCCUGGGCCAAGCCAUGUCCUCGGCUGCAGGGAAGACAGUUCGGCUUCCCCCAGGUGCUGGAGCAUCAGCUCCGCUUGCAAAGCCUCCCUCGCUGCCUCUGGAACCAGAAUCGGGCUCAGAAACGAGCCCUGAGGAGACCUCAGCACCACCAGAGGCUGAGGAAGAGAAGGAAGAGAAGCUCAAGAGCCAGCAGGCCGCAGAGUAG